UGCGAGUGAGCGAUCGGUUGUGUUGUGAGAAGGUGGGAGAGAAAAAUGGAUCUCGCUUGUGUCAGUGGAAUGUUUGUUCUCGGCAGUUUCCUGCGUUUAUAGGGCGUCCGACGGCUGGAAGUGCGUCUCGUCGCGCAAUCUAGCGGCAAAAGCGUUGCCCGAGACUCGGAAAAACGCAGGUGACGGCCCGCGACGCCGCAGCUCACACACGGCGUGCCUGACCAUUUUCGCUGGCUGGCUGCCUCUGGCUGGCGGCCGAAGCAACGGACGAGAGCAGCAGCAGCAGCAGCAAGACGUCGUUCGGUCGGCCACGUAAAGGGCGUCGACGCUGCACCUAUGCACUUUCAACCAGUUAACGCUCGCCCAGAGUGAGCUACAUUUUUUUUUUCGGACGAGAGCCGCGCUGCCGGCUGUCAAAACGAACCCCAACAUGACCCCUGUUGCUGUCCGUCGGCCACAAACGUAAAGCGACGAGUUAUGGUAUCGCCCUCGAAGAAGAGGAAAUUAGAGAACAAAACUCUGAUCAAGUCCAGCAUCGCAAACACAAUCAAAACAGCCGACUUAAAAAUCAGACGGACCUCGAGGCCGCUAGUUGACUACCGAUUCUACUUGGACCUAAAAAAUCAUGCAGACGCAGCGAAAAUCGAGUCCAGACUCAAAACAUUAGGAGCCGUCGUCGACGAUUUCCUGGCCAAAGAGGUGAAAUACGUGGUCACCGAUCGGCCUGAGCGAACUGCAGCACCCACAGGACAAGGGUUAGCCGCCUCUCCCGCAGUGCCUCAGGAGGGCAGGAAGCGAGCUCAGAAAUCGCGGGCUGAUGCCAUGCUCGAGAAGGCCAGACUCCAGCAGACGAAUAUCAGUUCAUAUGACGUUCUCGAAAAUGCCUUCCGAUGGGGAAUCCCGAUUUGGCCACUAGAAAAUCUUUCCAAGUGGUUGGAGAAGAUUGAAAAUAGCCUCCAAAACAACGUACCAGCCCUACGAAUCAGACCUUUCAAAGGUCCUUUCAUAAAAAUAGAAGAUAUCAACAAGAGGUACAAACCCUUGUACGGAAACCUCGCUUCGUGGCCGUCCAUAAACUUGGACUACGGUUGUCCGUUCAGCACACCAAAACUCAUCCCUGGAAAGACUAGAAAUGCUCCCGUUGCUGGACAUUGCCAGCAGCUGGGAGAACAGAGAAUGACUCGCAAGUCCAAAGUGCCAAAACCUGAGGAAAAAGCCAAAUCGCCAGAGGUCUUGUACCCAGGCUACUGCGAAAUCUGCGAAAUUGACUACGUUGACCUGAAGCAGCACGUGAUCAGCAGUACGCACGUCAAGUUCACAGAGGACUCAACUAAUUACGAGGACCUAGACAAUCUGAUCAAGUAUUCGACGGUGGAAGACUUGGUCAAGGCUAGCCAGCCGCGGAGAUCCCCUCGCGGAGCCGCGGUAGCCGAGCCGCUGGCGCCCCCGUGCGAUAGUGAGAUGCGCAAGCUGCCCGUUGGCGUUUGCAAUGGCCAGUUAAGGCGGUGCAGCGUGCGUCAAGCAGAGAGCAAGGCUCGCAAAGAGUGUCCGGCGGAGGUGUCGUUGUUGUCGGCCCGGUGCACGCGCACCCGCCUGACCGAGCCAACCCCCCUGGCCCAGACGAAUGGUAAAAGAGACGAGUUCAUCCACAACCUACGCAAACGCUACCCGGCGUCGGCUGACGGCUGCUGCCGGCACCGCCUGCGCAGCCGCAACUCGGAGGGCUCGGAGGACGUGUCCGACGAGAUGGGUGGCACCGACUCGAAGCCAAAGACUGAGCAACUCAACGGCAAGGCGCCGCACCACUUAUCCGAGGAGGACUCUUCGUGCAGCUCGAGCCUCAACAUCAAGCGUAAGCGCCUCUCCGUCGAGGAGAAACUGCUCGAGGACAACAAGGAAUACUACAGGCUUGAAGUCAAAAGUGCCAAACUGCGUUCCAGCGCCUAUAUAUGCCAAGUCAAUAAGGUGGAGUAUGAUGACGAGUGCGCGAAUCAUGUGCCGUCGACGCCACUGGCCGAGCAGCUGUCAAGCAUUAAGGAGGAGGACAGUCUGAAGCAGCGGAGAUCGUGUUCUGCAACGACGGGCAGCGAGCCCGCCAAGACCAAGCCAGCCGUAACAGCCGCGGCGGCGGCGGCGCCAAUUUUUGGCGCCGAAUCGCCGGCGUGGCAUGAUCUGAAUUUCAGCUUUGAGCAUGAGCCUCGCAGCGAGCCGUGGUACGCGACGUACCAACGGCAGGACGACGGCAGCUGCGAGUUCCUUGAGGGUUUCGAGGACUUCCACUUUCGAAAGCGCUUUCUCCUGCCCUACGAGAUGCCCGAGUUCAAGCGGCCGCGGAUGCGCGCCAAAAUGGCCGCGGCGGCGGCCGCCGCCUCGUCGCCGUCAGCGGCUGGCAAGCGGAAGUACUCUGCCCGCAACCGCGCCAUGCAGCUGGUUGCGGACGCAAAGAACCCUCGCAAGUCGCCGCGCUGCCACGCCUCGACGCUUGCCAUCCUCUCAAAUUUGAUGACGCGCCGCCGACGCAGCAACGGCGCCUCGCCCGACCGCGGCACGACGGCCGCCGCAGCAGCCGCCGCCGCCGAGGCCGAGCAGGCUACGGCGGCCGUCGAAGACGUGGACAAGGAGCUGGACGAGAUGCUGGCGUCACCGCCCACGCCGGAAGUUUCGCCCUCAGGCCGGGUCAGACGCAAGUCCGCCCGCCGAACCCUGCCUGAGGAGACGGACGACCUCGCCGCUGAGCUCGCAAAUGCAGCGACGCUGGACGGAGCCGUGGACCUUAGGUCAGAUAUGGACGUGCUACACCUGGUGUACGACUACCGAAACUGUGAUUGCACUCACCACAUGAGGCCGGUGUAUACGGUGCAGCAGCCAGAGGAGGAGGUCCCGCCGCAGCAGCACCAGCAGCAGACGGCCGAGCUGCUGGGCCUGUUGGCGCGGACAAAGCGGCGGCUGGGCUCGGUGUCGGAGGGCUCGACGCUGGACACGCUGUCCGAUACUGGCACCGUCAACUCGUCGAGCCGCGGCCGCUUCAAGAAGCGCAAGCGAAACCUCACUGGCUGGCCGUCGAACAAGCCGAAGAAGCGGCAGGCGGCCAAACCGGCCGAAGACGCGGUGGAUGCCGCCGAGGACUUUGUCGGCGUCACCAUCAAGGUGGUGAAGGAAAAGGGGACCAAGGGCAAAGUGAAAACCGUGUACAGGACCAAGAAACAGGCGGCGGCCGCCGCGAGCAGGGGCAAGGCCGCGGCGGCCACGUCGCCAUCCAAGCGCCGGGCCCGCUCCGAGUCGCCGCGCAAGGCGGUGACGGCGGCCGCCUCGGUCACGGGGACGCAGACUUCGCCCGUGCGCAAGAAAUUAGUGGUGAACAGGACGUGCAGGGCAAGGACAAGAAAUAGCACCCGCCUCAGGCGGUGAUUGUAGUCGUUAACUAUGGGUGUGGUCGUCGUAGCAGACACAAUUUUUUGGUUCAUCUCGUCAUUGUGUUCUCUCUUACUUUUAAGAAAAGCAAAAUUCUACGCGUAAGUUGACGCUGUGCUUUCAGUUUUCCCCCUCGUUAUGUGUUCAUUGCAGUUGCACUACAUAGAUAUAUAUUUUGAAUGUUGCGGUCAACAAGAAAACGGUACAAUGAGCUGUUGGAGUAUUAUUAUUGAAGGUGUGCAACGGAAAUCUCAUGCGUUUUAGUAUUAUUAUCAUCAUCGUCACUGAAUUAUAUCGUAAAAAUUAUUAUUUGUAAUCUACUACAGCUUACAUAAUCUUGUGCUCCGAUUCUGAGAUUGCAAAUAAAAAGUCCGAACGAAACGAUUUGGUGAAAAGUCAGUGCCAGAAA